AUGUCUCUCAGAACAGAGGGGGUUCAGUGUGGUGGUGUUGCUGUGGAGUUUGACAAUGAUAAUGACAGAGAUUCACCUGUGAUCAAAGCCAGGAAUAUACCACCAUCAGCCCUCAUCUACCUCAAGGGCCCAAAGUUCCUCAUCUAUGUGAGCGGAGCGUUAUCUAUGUGGGGUGAUCGCAUGUGGCAUUUCGCCAUCUCUGUCUUCCUGAUUGAGCUGUAUGGGCAUAACCUGCUGUUAACUGGCAUCUUUGGACUGGUGGUGGCCGGAUCGGUGCUCUUAUUAGGGGCUUUGAUUGGAGACUGGGUUGACCGCAACCCGAGAAACAAAGUUGCCCACGCAUCCCUGUUUAUUCAGAAUAUCUCAGUGACCGUCUGCAGCAUCGUGCUCAUGUUGGUGUUCUCGUACAAAAAGAGGAUUGAGGAAAUCUGGGAUGGGUGGCUAACUGUGGUUUGUUAUACGGUGGUGAUCGUCCUGGCAGAUGUGGCGAACCUCGCCAGCACAGCUCUCACCAUUGCCAUCCAGAGAGAUUGGAUAGUGGUGAUCACAGGCUACAACCGUGGUCAUCUCGCAGGAAUGAAUGCUACAAUGAGGCGAAUCGAUCAGGUGACCAACAUCCUGGCUCCACUGGCGGUGGGUCAGGUAAUGACCCUGGCCUCUAAUGUGGUUGGCUGUGGCUUCAUCUUAGGAUGGAAUCUGGUGUCCCUUAUUGUAGAGUUCAUCUUCCUCUCUAGAGUCUACCGGAUCGUACCAGCGCUGUCCGUCAAGCCACCAGCUAUGGAACAUCAAAGCUAUUUAGAGAAGAAAAGAGAAAGAAAACGCUCACAAGGCAGGACGUCAGCAUGUCCAGCUGCUGCUAUCUUAGAGGAAAGCACCAGCCUGCAUUUACAAGAAAUAAGCCGAAUACCAGUGUGCCUCCAUCGGCUGCGUGGGCUCCUCAGCACCUGCCGGGAAGGGUGGUGGGCGUAUUACAGACAACCCGUUUUCCUCGCCGGCCUGGGCCUGGCCUUCCUUUACACCACAGUGCUAGGCUUUGACUGCAUCACCACCGGCUACGCCUACACCCAGGGCAUCAGUGGCUCGCUGCUCAGCAUUCUAAUGGGCGUGUCGGCUAUGGCGGGGCUUCUGGGUACUGUGCUUUUCACAAAGCUGCGCAAAGCAUGUGGCCUGGUCAACACUGGGGUCAUUUCCAGCGCUCUGCACCUAGUUUGCCUGUUGCUUUGUUUGUGCUCCGUGUUUGCCCCCGGUAGCCCCAUGGACCUCAGCGUGUUAAAUAUGGGGAAUGCGUCAGAUGUGGGAGGGAUGACCGGAGGUCACCAGAGGCACGGAUACCCACUGCGUGGAGGCAGCAACCAGCCUCUGCUGCCAGACCGUUCCUCCAUUCACUGGACCAAUAAUACUGUGCUGUUUGAGAAUGCGCCAGCAGGGACUGGACCAGAGUCUUACGUCUCCAUCAUCCUGCUGUUCCUUGGAGUCAUUACAGCUCGAGUUGGUCUCUGGUCCUUUGACCUGACAGUGACUCAGCUCUUGCAGGAGACCAUAUGUGAAUCAGAGCGUGGUGUGGUGAAUGGAGUCCAGAGCUCCAUGAACUACCUGAUGGACCUGCUGCACUUCAUCAUGGUCAUCUCUGCACCCCAGCCACAACACUUCGGCAUCCUUGUCAUCAUCUCCAUCCUCUUCAUUUUCACGGGACACACCAUGUACUUCCUGUAUGCCAGGAAAGUCAAGAGGAAACCACGUACAAACACAUAA